UUUAUAAUUGUUUCUUUUGGGCCUGUAAUGAAAAUUAAAAUCAUACAUUUUGUAGAUGUAAAUAAGCUAUAUGUAAAUAUAUUGAAAAUGUCAACGCGUCUAAAAGUUAUAAGCAAUUAAAAUUGGCAAAAAUCGUGCGCGAAUAAUCGUGAGUAAUCGCAAUUUUCACUAAUUAAAAUUUUUUUUUUAAGUGCUUCACAAGUUAAUAUAUUUCAACAAGUAUAGUGUAUUUCAAUAAAAAUUACAUAAUUAUUAAAAAUAAGAACUGAAACUGUAGAAUUGCCAUAUUGUCCUGGAUAAGAUUAUAUUAUUUUGUCGACUCCAGGCCCUCCAAACUCCCGUAUUUCAUGCUGUAACGAAAAUUAGUACUGCGCGCGAAUUCCAGAAUCGCUAGUGUCGCUACGAAUACAUAAAUGAUCGGAAUGCACAUAUAUAUAUGUAUAAUAUGCAAAGACAAAAGUAUCAGUAAUAAUUAAAUAAAGGAAUAAUAAAGUAAAUUGAAAAUUGUUUAAUUGUACAUACAAAUUUGGAAUAUCUGUAUUUGUGCACACCUUUGGAUUUUUUAAUAUUGUUCCAAAGGAUAAACUUUAAAUUGUAAAACAAAUACGUAUUAUAUAAAUUAAGAAAGAUGGAUCAAUAAAAUUUUAAAUAUAUAGUGAAUCAAGUGGUUUUAAUGAAAUUUAUAUAAACUUUACAUUUGACAAUUACGUAUAUAUUUAUAUACAGAUUAUAAUGAAUUUUGAAUGAAUAUAAAUUAUUUUGAUAUUUCUAUUGGUAUUAUCAACAUGGUAUUUCCAACAAAAUUAGCGCAUAAAGCAAAUAGAAUUUCUUAUCACUAUUAUAAUGUUUUUGUGAUAUAUUUAUUAAUGUUUACAUUAUUUAUUAUUUUAAUAGCAACAUAUAUCUUCAAAUUUGAAAGUACUCAAAAGCAUUCAAUAUAUAAUGCUAUUGUUUUUAAUGAUUUAACUUCUUUACCUAUACAUGCAAUAGAUGCAGAUUCCCCUACAGCAGAUGCAACGAAUUCUUCUUGCACAUAUUUUAGUUGUUUUAACGUUUAUCGUUGUGGUAGUCAAGGAAAUAAGCUUUUAGUAUAUGUUUAUCCACCAAAAACAUACAUAGAUGCUUCAGAAAAGCCUAUUACGAGUCAAAUGUCAAAAGAGUUUUAUCAGAUUCUAUUUACUAUAAUUUCAAGUAAAUUUUAUACACCAAAUCCAUAUGAAGCAUGUAUUUUUAUUCCUUCGCUUGAUACAUUAAAUCAAAACAGAUUAAAGUUACAAGAAGUUUCGCAAGCUCUAAAAUCAUUACCAUUCUGGAAUAAUGGGGAGAAUCAUCUUAUAUUUAAUAUGGUACCUGGAAGUGUGCCUGAUUAUAAUACAAUCAUUGAUGUACCAAUUGGAAAAGCAAUGAUUGCAGGAGCUGGAAUGUCAUCAUUAACAUAUAGAUCUGGUUUUGAUAUCAGUUUACCAGUAUACAGUCCUUUAAUAAACAAUUUCAAACCAAAUGUUAACAAUACAAGGCAGUGGUUAACAAUUUCAUCUCAGAUUAACAUUAACUCUGCUUUCGAACAAGAUUUAAUAGAAGUUAAAUCUCUGUCGCCAAAAGAAAUAUUAAUAUUAAGUCCGUGUUUACAGUAUAGUUCUAUGAAUAGUACAAUUCGAUGUGCAGAAACAGAUGUUUAUAAGUAUCCUGAUGUACUUCAGACAGCAGUAUUUUGCUUAGUGAUUCGAAGUGCAAGACUUGGGCAGAGUACACUUCUAGAAAGUAUGGCAAUGGGUUGUAUACCUGUAAUUAUAGCUGAUUCUCUUGCAAUGCCCUUCCAUGAUGUAAUUGAUUGGACCAGAGCUGCUAUAUUUGUGCGUGAAGUAGAUAUUUUGUCAGUGAUAUCAGUCUUAAAAAAGGUGUCACAGCAACGAAUUACAGAACUUCAACAACAAGGUGCAUGGCUUUACGAAAAAUAUUUUAAAUCCAUGGAAAAAAUAACGGAAACUACGUUAGAAAUACUUGCAGAUCGUGUGUUUCCACAUUUGGCUAGAGAUUACAUUUUUUGGAACAUAUCGCCUCGCAAGGAUAUUACAUCUCCUCUUUUGUUACCUAUUACUGCGCCAAAAACUCGAGGAUUUACUGCAGUAAUUUUAACAUACGAUAGAUUGGAAUUACUAUUUCUCUUGAUUAAUAAGCUCGUUAAAGUGCCAAGUCUGAGUAAAGUGCUAGUAAUUUGGAACAAUCAACAUAAAGAUCCACCGCACUCGUCAAGGUGGCCGAAAUUAAACAAACCAUUAAAAGUUAUACAAACAAAAGAAAAUAAAUUAUCUAACAGAUUUUAUCCUUAUGAUGAAAUUGAAACUGAAGCAGUUUUGUCAAUAGACGAUGACAUUAUUAUGCUGACUGCAGAUGAAGUAGAAUUCGCCUAUGAGGUUUGGAGAGAAUUUCCUGAUCGAAUAGUUGGCUUUCCAUCCCGAAUUCACAUAUGGGAUAAUGGUACAAAUUGUUGGAAAUAUGAAAGCGAAUGGACUAACAGUAUUUCUAUGGUUUUAACUGGAGCUGCAUUUCAUCAUAAAUAUUGGAAUUAUAUGUAUACUACUGCUAUGCCAGGGGAUAUCAAAGAAUGGGUUGACGAUCACAUGAAUUGCGAAGAUAUAGCUAUGAAUUUUUUAGUAGCAAAUAUUACGAGAAAAGCACCGAUAAAAGUAACACCAAAAAAGAAAUUCCGAUGUCCAGAAUGUACAAAUACUGAAAUGCUAUCAGCAGAUCUAGCACAUAUGGUGGAACGCACACAAUGCAUAAAUAAAUUUUCUUCAAUCUAUGGGUCAAUGCCAUUACAGUCAGUUGAAUUUCGUGCAGAUCCAGUUUUAUUCAAAGAUAUAUUUCCUGAAAAGCUUAAAAGAUUUAAUGAUAUUGGAAGUUUAUAAAGUUUUAUUAUAUACUUUAAAAGAGAUUUCCUUUACUAAUAUUAAAUCAUUUUUGUAAAAUAUUUAUUUUACAUCAUCUUACUUGUUAUUACAUUAUGUAGCUAUUUAUAAAAAGAAAUUAUUUAUAUAUAUUCGUGCAUUUAAUUUUAUUAUAUACCAUUUUUUAUUUGUUGUUCUUCACCAGAAAUGUCUAAUUGCUGCUCGCGAUAAAAAAUUAUUCCCUUCCCGAGAUAUUUCUACCAGGCCCUCCAAACUCGUAGAGGUUCAAGCCAGCAGUCCUAUUUGAAGUUGGAAUGGAAGACCAAUAACGUCAUGAAAACGUUACGAAGUAGUGCGGAAUAUUACGUUUUUCAUCUGUGCCCAGUGCAAUAGCAACGCGACAGUGAAUAAAAAUAUGUACUUGAAAGAAUUGGUCCCUUUCUGACUACGUAGUGAAAUUCUGUGAAAAGUGAUAGUGAUCGUGCGGUUGAGUGAGUUCAAUGAUCCCGUCUAGAGAUCAGCUGUUCUUCGUAACGUGUUCCCUCUAAUGUUUACGAUUGGUACAAUGAACCAGUGACAGCAAACCAUUUUCAUUGGAGCUGAGUCAUUCACAGACGGAUGGGGAAGUUUCAUUUACAUUCAAUCCUUUUUUUAUUAUUUGCAAACUUCUUUUGAUUUCCAAAACGUGUAUGCGGUUUUCUCACAUUUGUUUCAAAACUGACUACAAAGUAUUUUUUAAAAUUCCUAUCGUACAACAAAUAAAAGUGUUAGAUCAAUUCGAUUUAUUCAUUCUACAUGAACAACGAUUCAUUAUUUGGUGAACUUGUAGAAAAGCUACUCCCCUCCGAUUUUAAUGAUUUCUAAAUAUGUUGUAAAAUUCGACAAUUUUUUUUUUGGUAAUUAUUGAGAUUAGGUUACACCUCACCGAUUUUGAUGAAA